UCAUGACUCGCCCAUAAAAUCCCGAAUCACCCGACUGGUUUUUCACAUCCUAACUCCUUGGUGAUUAAACACUUCUUCUUCUCCAACCACAUCGAUGGGUUCUCGCUACGAGGUAGAAGUUAAGAUCGAAUCUGCCAAAAACCUGAAGAACGUGAACUGGCGUCACGGCCCCAAUCGCCCGUACGCCGUCGUUUGGGUUGACCCCAAGAACAAGUGCUCCACGAAGGUCGACGAAUCUGGCGAUACCGACGCCUAUUGGGAUGAAACCCUCCGCAUCCCUUUGCCUUCUGGUCCCAUUGAGGACCUCACUCUCUACAUCGACGUCGUCCACGCCGGCUCCGAGGAGGACACCAAGCCGCUCAUUGGCUCGGCUAAGCUUAAGCUCGACGAGGUUCUUCAAGAGGUCGGAAUCGGCGAUCGCGCCACCCGUAGCUUGACCCUCAAGCGACCGUCGGGAAGGCCACAAGGUAAGGUAGACGUGGGAGUUUCGAUCAGAGAAAUAGGCUACCCUGCGCCUGGUUUGUAUUACACUCCCCCUUACGGAGUACCACCGUCGUCGGGAUCGCGUGAUUACUACGGAGCACCGCCGCAAGAUCCAUACUAUUCAGCGCCGCCACCGGCUGGGUACCCAUACAGCGGAUACAAUGCGCCGUCGCAGCCCCCAAUGGCCUACGGACAGCCGAAUUACAGUUAUGAUCAGGGGAGUCAGCCGGCGUAUGUACGGGAGGAGAAGAAGAGCAAGUUUGGUGGGAUGGGGACGGGAUUGGCUGUGGGCGCAGUGGCUGGAGCUUUGGGUGGACUCGCACUUGCAGAAGGAUUUGAUGCUUUGGAGGAUCAUGCUGCAGACGAAGCCGCAGAGAAAGUCGAGGAGGAUCUUGCUAGUGGAGACGACUUCUAGAAGGAAGCAUGGUCCAGCUUGAUUGUCAAUAAAGUCUUUUGAAUGGUUUUUUUC